AUGGCUGAAGGGAAGCUUUGGGUCCAGCCUUAUCUGCAGUGGUUACGACGACAAGCCACCUUGCAGGUCAUCUCUAAGAUAGCGCCUGCUGGGACGCAUUUUCGCGAUCACUUGGAGAAACUCAUUUGGCCUUAUCUGCGCUUUGCCAUUUGUGUUCCACGGGACUGUCCGACCAUCGCGGAGGCCUUGACAGAGAUUCCAGAUUGGUGUCCAGUCACUGUGCUUCUGGCCCGAGGGAAGUACGUGGAAGAAGGUCUUGUCAUCAAUAAGCCUGUUGCUUUGAGAGGCAACGGCAAGGUGCAGCUGUCCUCGAAUGAUGGGCCACUGUCUGUCAACUGUGAGGGGCCAGGCUCGCCGCAGCUGUGCAACUUGGACAUCGAAAGCUCCAUAGAAAUCGUCACCGGAGCUGUCCUGAAGAGCUGCCACCUCUCCGGUUUUCUAUCUGUGAGAGGUAGCGCCAAGCCGCAGAUCGAAAACUGCAGCUUCAAGGCGAUGGGAUCUACAGUCUUGUCCCUUCGUGAUGAUGCGGAGGUGAAGCUUAGCGACUGUUCCUUCCAGGAAAACACGGGAACUUGCAUCGCAGCCAGAAACUCUGCAACCGUGGUGGUGGAGAGGGGGACUUUCACGCAGAAUGGAGCACCAGUGAUACAGCUGCGAGAUUCUACCACACUCCGUCUGUCAGACAGCCGACUCGAUUCCAACAAUGGCUGUGGUAUCUUGGUGCGUGGAGAUGCCACAGCUCACAUAAGCAGCAGCCAGUUGAGUGGCCACAAGAUGUCUGCGGUUGCCUUUCAACAUCAGGCAACAGGAUCUGUAUCCAAGAGUCGGCUGGAACGCAACGAUGGUGCCGUGCUUUUGAUCAAUGGGACAGCAAAAGGAAUCAUGGUGGAAGACAACGACUUUUGUAACAAUGGUCGCUCUGCGCCGGUGAUUGAAUUCAAGGCCAGUACAGGUGCUGUGAAAGCCAAGAUCGUUGCGAAGCGAGAGGACGAGACUAACGGUUUGACGCACAAGUUGGCCUACAUCAGCGGACAAUCUGGAGAAGAGUGGGCAGAUCUUGAUGAGGGAAAAUCCAUGAUAAGGAAUCAGUCUGGAAACGUGGAUGUGCCGUACAAGCUGAAGGACCCCAUUCGAGCCGGAAUGGCACACGACGGAGAAGGUGGACAGAUGAAAGGUGUCAGCCUGACGAAGGGAACCAAGAGAUGCGUGAUUGCCAUCAAAGACAGUGCAUGUGCCACAGUAAAGAGAAAUUGCUUGAAGUGCAACGAUGGCUAUGGGAUACUGAUCUCCGGCGACGAGAUGCCCAUCAUCGAAGAGAAUAUCUUGGAAGAAUGCCAACAUGCGGCUAUCUGCAUUGAGGGCACAUCCCGUGCGCUGGUUCAAAGCAACACUUUGAAAAACAAUUCUGGCAUUGGAAUCCAAGUCCAAGAUUCUGCAUGCCCCACACUGGAGAGAAAUACAGUCUCUGCUGCGAAUCUUCCAGCGAUCAGAUUUGCUGGUAAAUCCUCUGGUACAAUCAGAAACAAUGCGCUGACAAGUAAAGGCAACCAUACGCUUGUGGUUUCUGGAGAUGCUUCUCCGAGCAUUGAGAAGAAUACAUCAGGAAAGAAGAGGCCUGCCAUUUCGUUGUCGGAUCAGGCACAAGGUGCUUCCACGUCAGAAACAGAGGGCGAUGUGCAGACUAUGCUUGAAGAGCGAGCAAAAGGGUUGCUGAAGGAAGAAAUCGGUUGA